UUCCAUUUGGAUGUAAAAUAAUAUUCACAAGUCUCUUAUCGUAAAGGAAAUGUUUUGAAGUUUCAAACCCUUGGAGAGAUUCUUUGAGAGUAUCUUUGCAUGCUUGAGGCAGCCGUUUCUAUUUGAAUGUGAAUCUGUGGAUGACUCGUUUUUUUGCAUUGUAGAACAGGAGGGCUUUUGAAAGAGCAGAGGAUGCAAAAAGGACAGAGAGCAUGGAGGUCCAAAAAGUCAGAGGGGAUGUAGAGAUUAGUCAACUUAAGCAACGGAUCCAAGAGCAGGAGGUUUUGCUCACGGAAAGAGAAGCGCAGGUGGAGAAGUUGGAAGUAGAAGUAGAAACCCAAAGGAAGACCAUCGAGGAUUUAAACUUUCAGAAUGCAAAGCUUGAGCACGAUGUUAGCCAGUACCAGACUCAGUUAGACAUAGCGAUGAAGGACAAAGCUGCAACUGAGCAGGAAUUAAAGCACACCAAACUUCUAAUGGAGCAGUCGGAGGCCACCUGGUCUCUGACUCAGAGGAAACUGGAGGAGCUCUUAAAGAAAGAAAUCGACGCACAGAAGCCCGCUCCACACAGAAAGAUAAACGCAGCGGAAGAUGAUUUUAUAAUGGUAGAGGAGUUGCACAUUGAAGGUCCGGCUAAAAGCGUCGAUCAGACUGUGCAGCCUUUGGGAAUUGAGAGCCAGUCAGAACCAGACCUUGAAGGGUCUGAAGUUAGAAUGCAAGACGUUCUGCAGCAGAGACUGGACGAACUGUCUCAGGUCCAGAAAAAAGCUGAAAUGGCGGAGGAAAAAGCUCAAAGCUACAAAAAGCUUCUGGAUGACAGCAACAACAGACUGAAGAAACUGCAGAUGGACAUAGAGAGUGAGAGGGUCCAGACACGACAGAGGUCAGAGGAUUUUCACCAGGAAAUGCUGAACAUGAAAAGGUCCAUCUCUGAAUUUCAGGAAGAAAUCAGAUCCCUCCAGAGAGCCAAGUCCUCACUGGAGCAAAACUCCUUUUUCCAAAGCACUGAGGUAGAGGGCCUGAAAGAGCAGCUGAAGAUUACCCAAACGGAGCUGCAGAAAAAAAGCGCCAUUGAGCAGGAAAACUCCUACAAGAUUAACACCUUAGAGGAGGAGGUAGCUUCCAAACAGGCAGCUUUGGAUCAGCUGAAAAUAAAAUGCAACGACCUGAUGAAGACUAACAUCUCAUCUGAUGCCAACAUUCGAGGUCUUCAGAUCCAAACAGAGUCACUGGAAAAAGAGAGGUCAUUCUCUGAGCAAAGGAUAAAGUCUUUAAAGAGUGAGGCAGAGAGCUGGAGAGGACAGCUCCAAAGCUUGAAGGACGAAAACGUUGCGCUCAAGAGAAUUGAGCAGGAGCUGCAGGUCAAAUGCAAAAACCUCGAGGCAGAACUUGAGGACUGCGAGGCCAUCGCAUCCCGGCUGGAGAGGAAACUCGACGAGCAGAAGCAGAUGCAUUUAGAAGUGGAGCAGAAUGCCAAGAAGGUGAAAGCCAAACUUGACCGAGUUCUGAUGGAGGUUGAGAGCAAGGACCAACAAAUUCAAAUCCUAAGGUCACAGGUAGAGGGCGCUAAAUCACAGGUCCGAAUUAUCGAGGAGGAAUUGAACAAGAAGUCGCAGACCAUUUACGAGCUUCAAAUCAAACUGCAGGAACACAGUGAGGAAUCAAAGACCGCCGACGAUCUGCAGCAGAAGAUAAAAUCCCUUCAUGGAAAAAUCGUUAGCUACGAGAAAGAAACGACGAGUCUGAAAUCAGAGCUGCAAUCUGUGGUUGCAGAGAAAAAUUUAGCGAGUCAGAAAGUCCUCAUGCAGAAAGCGGAAAUCAACGAUCUGAACGAGAUGCUGAAGAAAAAGAAUGUGGAGCUGCAAAAUGAAUCCGAUGAGAAUCGGAAACAUCUGAGUAAGGCCAAAGCUUUGGAAGAGGAGCUUUUCAAACACAAGCACAGCUUUAAAGGAAUAACUAACAGCUCUGAGAAAGUUAUAGAAAACCUAAAGCAAGAAAUCUAUUCGCUUCAGAAUGACAAGGCGACAGCAGAAAGAAAGGUAGACAGCCUGAGUGUUAAGCUUUCAGAGUUUAGCUCUGCUCUGCAGAGAACAAAAGAGGAACUGGCUCAGGAGACCAAAGACAGAAAAUUGAAGGAAUCCAAGAUGAUUCUGCUGGAGACUGAGGUUCAGAAACUCAAUCUAAGUAUCAAAGACGCUACGUCCGGUUCCGACAUUUCCCGAUCAAAUCUGCAGCAUGAAAAUACAAUCCUGAAGAGGGAGAAAUCUGAGGCGCUGGAGAGAAACCUCUCUCUGGGAACCGAGCUCAGAACGCUAAAAGACAAGUUGCUGCGCGCCCAGACGGACGUGGAGAAAAAGCAGCGAGAAAACUCUGGCCUUCAGCUGAGGUCCCAGCAGCUGGAGGAACAAUUGGAGAAUUGUAAGAAGAUGCUGGAGGAGCUGAAGGGUAAACUUGAACUCCAGAAAGAGGGCUAUGAGAGGCAGCUGUCGCUUAUGCAGACGGAGAUCGAGAAAAAGAUGAUUCUGCUGCAGUCUGAGAUCGCAAAAGAAGGCCAGCAGUCACAAAGCAGAGACCUAGCAGAGAAGCUCAACAAGUGCUUCAAGCAAGACGUGAACCUGAUAAAAACUUUGCAGCACAUCAAAGUGGAAUCAGGGGAGCAGAUAGACAAAGAGCUGCAAAUCAAAAGGGAGAAAACGCAGCAAGAAACAACAAAGCUCGUGCAAGACUUGUUGAAAGCGAAGUCUGAAAUCGCUCAGCUUGAGGACGAUAAACUCAAACUCACCUCUAAAAUAAGCACGCUGCAAAGCCUUGGCAAUCAACAGUCAAAGGAGAGAGCAAAGCUCGAACAAAAUCUGGCAGACAGCGAGCGCAAACUGACACUGACAGAGAAGGAAGCAGGAUCCCUUCGAGAACAAAUAGAGCUGUACGGCAGAGAGGUCAAAAGCCUUCAGAAAACUCUGUCCACACUGGGAGGGGAGGUGAUGGAAACCGUUCGUCCGAACGUGGCCAAUAGCAGAGCCGAUCCGUUGAAGGCAGAUGCCACAACGGAGAAGAAAAUGACGGCCCACGUGACGGCCACGAAGAGCAGAAUGGACGAUGAAACCCUCAACAUAAAAGAGAUGGAGAAGACGAAGACAGUCCGCGCCUUCGAAGGAAUAAAGCAAGUCAAGGAAUGCGGCUCUCUUUAUGAAACCCCCAACAUUCAACCGAAAGAUCUCCAGCACAUCACCCACAAGAGUAAAAUGAGCUUCGAUCUUUCCAGCUCGGUCAAAGCUCACGGAUACAUGGCUCUGUGUGGGCCAACAGACCCGAGGCAGACUGAAAGCAGCGUCAGUAAGACCAGAACCUAUCAGAGCAGAGAAAACAAUGGAAGCGCAAACGCGUCUGAAAAGAGUACGGGAAAUGCUGCCGGGAAACUGGGCGCGGCCACUUCCCAGAAGCCCCGGGAGUCGAUUCGGAGGGCAGACGUUCAACACCUGAUCACACACAAUCUCCUGGAUGAGGGGGUUUUACGACAGCUGGAGAUGGGCCUGCUCACCGUUGAACAAGUGCAAGCGUCGCUCCCUCGGAACGCUGACAAACCGGCGACGGUCGCGGGAGUUUACGUCGAAUCGAGUAAGAAAAAGACAUCCUUCCUGGAAGCUGUCGAAAAGGGCUUCCUUGCAAAGACGUAUGCUCUUGAGUUCCUCGAGGCUCAGGCUGCGACGGGCACCCUUGUAGAUCUAGCGACAGGAGAAAGAGUCUCUGUUGCGGAGGCCCUGGAGAAAGGCAUCGUAGAUCUAAGCAUGAAAGAGAAACUGAUGGAGGCAGAGAAAGCCGUCUGCGGCUACAGCUGCAAGGGCAGGAAGCUGUCUGUCUUCCAGGCAAUGGAGGAGAGAGUUCUAGAUAGAUAUACGGGAAAGAAGAUGCUUGAGGUCCAGGUUGCCUCAGGGGGGUUGAUCAACCCAGAAACAGGCGCGAGAGUACCGACUUUAGCAGCGUUGCAUGAGGGUCUUCUGAGCAAAGAGACUCUGCAGAGUCUGUACGAUCCAGUGAGCAACCCUAAAGGUUUCCACAGCCCUGACACCGGGCAGAAGGCAUACUACGUUGAAAUACUCAAGACCUGCUUGUACGACGUCAACGGCGGUGUGUUUCUCGUCCCCUUUGGGGAGAGACGCUUAACAAACACAUCUCCCGUGAGCCCUCACAGAAUGUCGGUCGUCGACAGCGGCCGUGGAUCGGAAAUGUCGGUGUACGAAGCCUUCAAAGGAAAGCACAUCGACAAGAGAACGUACCUGUUCCUCUCCCAGCAGGAGAGCAGCUGGCAGGAAAACGUUCUGGUCGACCCGAGCGGAGCCCCGCGUCACUUCAUCGCCGACGCCAGGAGUGGCCGGCAGCUUUGCCUGGAGUCUGCGUUGAGUCAGAGGUGUCUUGAAAAAUUAGAGUUCGAAAGCUAUCGCAGUGGUCUCUUAAGCAUCUAUGAGAUUGCAGACGUCAUAUUUUCGCGAAGGGUGGUCGUGGAGGACGCGAACAGCACCAUCGCCGGUUUCUGGGACGUCAUUGGGAAGAAGAGGCUGUCGGUCCUCCAGGGCCUCCAGCAGGGCUUCACCGAUAGAGUGACGGCCUUACGACUCUUGGAGUCCCAGGCCUGCACCGGAGGAAUAUGCGACCCGUCGUCCGGGGAGAAACACGCCCUCUCUGACGCGCUCAGAACGGGUCUCUUAGACGAGGCUCUAAAACAGCAGCUCCAGCAGUUCGAAGCGGCAUUCAGUGGUAUUACCCACCCUCAGACCGGGAAGGUUUUGUCAGUUUUGCAGGCUGUUCAGGAAAAGCUCCUCCCGAAGGAUGUGGGUUUCCGCUGUGUGGAAUUCCAGCUUUUGACCGGCGGACUGAUAAAUCCUGAAACCAAGGGCAGAGUCGGCCUCGAAGAGGUGAUUCAAAGCAGCUCUGUGGACGCCGUUACGGCCACUCUGCUCAAAGACGAGAAGUUCCAGACGCAGAGCCUCACCUGUCCCAAGACAAAGAGACGGAUAACGUUCAGGGAGGCCCUGGAAAGGAGCGUGUUCGACUGCCACACCGGGCUGAGGUUACUGGAGGCCACAAAAGUUCAUGCGUUUGGAGCGAAAACAGCAUUUCAUUAUCUUUGUGCAUUUAAGUGAACAUGUUUUCCCUUUGUUGUUUGUUCACACCCAUGUUUUAUCGCUGUGUUGAAUGCAACUGAUUCUUCUUCUCCCUUUUUUUUCUUUUUUUUUGCCAAAUUAUGAAUAAUGAGCUUUUCUUAUCCGUAGCAGCGGUUGAUGCUUUGUCCAAAAAAGUCGACAGUUCUGUUGAAAGCCUGCCUGUUUUAAUUUUAGAGGUCUGUUGAUGAGGAGAAGCGAGAGCACGGUGAUAAA